AUGCCAAUAACCUCCACUCAAGGUACCCGUCGUAGAUUCUACACCGACCUAGCUCGAGAUGUCCGAAAACUAGAUACACUUGCUUUACCAGUAUCAAUCCAUACCCCUUCACACAGCAGAGGGGGUUCGCAAUGGCUGCCUGAAUCAUCUGCACGGGGGAACGAUGACGGCUGGGGUAGUAUACCUACUUCAGAUCGGGAUGGUACUCCGAGUCCACUCAAAUAUGAUUAUAGUCACGUUGAUGUGAGUAUGAAGAAAUCAGAUGAAAGAGAUGGGGAGGGAAAGGAACAGGAAAAGGAGAAGGAAAAGGCUCGUGCGUCAAACAAGUUACAGCGAUCGUCAGCGAACAGACCUAGAGACAACACCCAAUUGAGAGAGAAGAAGGGAGAAGAGCACGAAUCGACACGUACGCCUCCGUCCAGCGAAAAGGUGAACCGGUGGAUCAACGACGUUCCUCCGUCCUCUACUAUCAAGGCGAGUGGACGCGACACACGAAGAACUACUCCUAUAGGUGAAGACCACCCAUCUGCCCGAGAUCAAAGUGAUCAUACCCACUCCUGUACUCCGCUUCCUCAUUCUAGGCCUAACAGUGACGAUACCAAAAGGGAGAAGAAAGACAAGAUGAAUUACCUUCAUGAGGAUAUGCCAAGUACUUCUUACCGAAGGUAUACCACGGGUGCUACUGGUAGUGGUACAGGUAGGACUUACGAUUAUCCUACUAAUCCAACAAAUGUCCGAACACCUACAGGCGGUAAUUCGAAUUUUCACUUACAUCAUAAUAAUCCAUUCCCAAGUGGCAAUUUGAUUCUACCCUCUUCCAGAACAGGUGAAAAUGAGGAUACCUAUAGGAUGAGUAAUAGUAAUCUCAAUUUUAGAUCCGACACUACGACAGAUUUGGAAAGAACCCUUCAAGCUAAGAAAAGGGAAUUUGAAGAUGUUCAAAGACUUCUAGAGGAAAGUAGAAAAGAAAGAGAAAGAGAAACCCAAAGACAAAGUUUUCUUCUUCCGCCUAGACCUCCCACUGCCUUUGCGUACCAUCGUUCAAUCGAACAUGAUCAGAUUAUACAAUUGAGACAAGAAAACACUUCUCUCCAUUCAUCUCUUUCUGAGGCCAGACGAACAAUCAACACCUUAAAUAACCGUAUUGAUGAGCUUGAACUAUCACAUCGAUCUGACCCAGAGCUACUUUCGAAGAUGGAGAAUGACCUUAGCAAGCUUUCUCAGGAGAACACUUCGUUAAAUGAUGUAUUGCGAGUACUGGAAGGAACGUUGGAAGAUGAAAGAGAUAAAAACAGGAAAAUGGAAUUGGAAACUCAAUCGUCCAAAAAGGGCCAAAGUGCAUGUGCGAAAUCCCUCCAAGCGAGUGAACAUAAAGUGAAAGAAUUAGAGGGUACUUUGAGAGAGGUAGAAGAGAGGGAAAGGAUUGAGAGGGAGAAACGGGAUUUGAUAGAGAAGAGAUAUAGAGGAUUAGAAUUGGAUUUUUCCCACUUAACUGCCGAGUUGGAAACCUGGAAGGCUAAAACGAAUAACGCUUAUAGGGAGAAAGAAGGUGCUAUAAGUAAAUAUAAAGGUAAAGAGAAUGAUAAUGCCAAAUUAUCCGAUAAGCUGAAUCUCUCGAGAAGGGAGAAAGGGGCAUUACAAGCUAGGUUGGAUGAAGUGAUUGAAGAGAAAGCCCAACUCUCUCAACGACAGGUAUCUGAAAAAGGUAAUUCGGAAGAUAGGAAGAAACUCAAAGAUGAACUUCAUCGUGAGAGGUCGACCUCUGAUAGAUUACGUUCCGAACGUAAUUCCCUUCGAGACCAAAUCAAAAAGAUGAAACUCCAAUUCGCAACUUUGCGCGAAUUAGAAAUUCGCUCUGCUGGGCCAAACGAAGUUGACGUAAAGUUACAUCAUCCUACAUCGACGUCUUCAGAGAGACAUAAACCGAGAUUCUCCUUAUCGUUCGCAACCUCUGCCUCGGGGGAUGAUCAAGCAGCCAUACCUACAAAGAAGGGGCGGGUGGAGGUGAUUGAGGAUGAUGAAGGGGAUGGAGUAAGGUAUAAGCCCCAGAGAGUAGCGCUGGAAGAUGCUGAUGGGAAACAGGAAUAUCAAGAUGCAAGAGAAGAGGUUGGAAGCCAUUCUGUUGUUAGGCCCACUCAACCAAUUACAUCACCCACCACCAGCUAUGCUGAGGAUAUCCAAUCUAUCGUUUCCCCUCAACCACUUACGUUCCACUCUAUUCCUCUUAUCCCCCAGAAAUUAGAUACGCCCAUGUCGAAAGAGGAACAAUUACUCUUCUCAACUUCGGCCCAACCCGAUAAGGCAGAAAUCUCAGAGGAGAAGCAGACGGGUGGCUCGGACGGUGCUGAUGCAACUCGUAAGAGAUGGUUAGAGCAAUAUGCAGAGAUGAGUGGGGAUGGUACUUCUCCUCAGAACGUAAACGAUCAGAAGACCGAGAUGGAUACUGCCAUCGAGAUGAAUAGGAAAGAAUCCAAAGAUCCAUUUGCUGACUUAGAUCCCCUGGACCACUCUUUAAGUUCCAUCAAAUCUCACUUUCAAUCCCCUCAAUCUCAUCCAUCUACCUCUACCAUCCGAGAGCGAGGUAAAACACUGAAAGAAUCUUUGAUCGAUCUCUUGACUUCACCUAAAUCUACUUGA